CCGAUGCCUGGUAUUUAAUUAAAAUAAGGAGUGGAGCUCAGCUGAGGCAGGAGAACACUGUUGUUCUUAGCGGAUGGGGCCGUAGGUAUUGCAAGUUAAACCUUGAUUGCUUCAGUCUGUGAGAAUUCAGCAUGGAAUGUCGCUACUGUUUCCUGGGAUUACUGCUUCUGGCUGCAAGAUUGCCACUUGAUGCUGCCAAGCGAUUUCAUGACGUGCUGAGCAAUGAAGGACCAUCAGCUUAUAUGAGAGGCCACAACCAAUUAAAUGGCUGGUCUUCAGAUGAAAAUGACUGGAAUGAAAAACUCUAUCCAGUGUGGAAAAGAGGCGACUCGAGGUGGAAAAACUGUUGGAAAGGAAGCCACGUGCAGGCAGCCCUGACCAGUGACUCACCAGCACUGGUGGGCUCAAAUAUAACAUUUGCAGUGAACCUGGUAUUUCCCGGAUGCCCAAAGGAAGAUGCUGAUGGCAACAUAGUCUAUGAGAAGAACUGCAGAAAUGAUACUAGUUUAUCUCCUGACUCGUAUAUUUACAACUGGACAGCAUGGACAGAGGAUGGUUACGGGGAGAAUGGCAGCAGCCAAAGCCAUUAUAACGUGUUCCCUGACGGGAAGCCUUUUCCUCACCACCCUGGAUGGAGGAAGUGGAAUUUUGUCUACAUCUUUCACACACUUGGUCAGUAUUUCCAGAAAUUGGGACGAUGUUCAGCGAGGGUUUCUAUAAACACAGCCAAUGUGACGCUUGGCCCUCAACUCGUGGAAGUCACUGUCUACAGGAAGCACGGUUGGAGAUAUGUUCCGAUUGCAAAGGUUAAGGAUGUGUAUGUGGUGACAGAUCAGAUUCCUUUAUUUGUGACUAUGUCCCAGAAAAAUGAUCGAAAUUCAUCUGAUGAAACUUUCCUCAAGGACCUUCCCAUUACAUUUGAUGUCCUGAUUCAUGAUCCCAGCCACUUCCUUAAUGAGUCUGCCAUUUACUACAAGUGGAACUUUGGGGACAAUACAGGUCUAUUUGUUUCCAACAAUCACAUUUCAAAUCACACAUAUGUGCUCAAUGGAACCUUCAGCCUUAACCUCACCGUGCAAGCUGCAGUGCCUGGACCUUGUUCUCCAUCCUCACCCAGCCCUCCAAAACCCACCCCUUCUUCAGAACCUGCUGGUGUCAAAUCCUGGGAGCUGAGUGAGGUUCCUGAUGAAAGCUGCCAGAUUUACAGAUACGGUUACUUUAAAGCCACCGUCACAAUUGUAGAGGGCAUCCUAGAGGUUGACAUCAUCCAGGUGACAGGUGUUCCACUGCCUAUAGCACAGCCUGAAAACUCCCUGAUGGACUUUGUCGUGACCUGCCAAGGCACCAUUCCCACUGAGGUGUGCACUAUAAUUUCCGACCCCACCUGCCAGCUUGCCCAGAACGUAGUCUGUGACCCUCUGGACGUGGACAAGGGGUGCCCUCUGACUGUGAGAAGAGCCUUCAGCGGGCCUGGGACAUACUGUGUGAAACUCAGUCUGCACGAUGAGACCAGUCUGGCCCUUACCAGCACCCUCGUCUCUGUCCCUGGCAGAGACCCGGCAUCUCCUUUAAGAAUGGCAAAUGGUGCCCUGGUCUCCGUGGGCUGCUUGAUGAUAUUUGUCACUGUGAUCGCUCUCUUGAUGUACAAAAAAUACAAAGAAUACAAACCGAUAGGAAACAGUGCCAAGACACAGGUCAGAGGUAAAAGCCUGGAUGUUUUCCUCAGCCGAGCAAAGUCCACGUUCUUCCCUGGAAACCAAGAGAAGGAUCCGCUUCUCAAGAACCGACUGGGAAUUGUUUAAAAGUCCAGCUUUAUUUCUGACCAACGCCUCGUUCUUCGGUGCCAUUUCUGUGAGCUAUGCUGGAGCAGAUGCUAUUGACUUUUUCCUUAAGGAUUGUUGUAAAAUAUACAUUGUCACUUAGGGAGGGCUAAUUUUUUUUUAAUAGGUUAAAUGACAUUUUAGAGAAGUAGAGAGAAAUUAGACUGCAUGCAGCCUCAGCCUUGUCAUAUAACUGAUAAAACCACUUAGCAGUGCUUCUUUCCAUUAUUACUUAUGUUUCACUUACAACGUCCUAGGUGAUUAGUAGGGGAGAUCUACUGUGUCCCAGGAGCAGGGGAGAAGGUAUGAUUCAUAAGGUUCUGACCUAGGUUAAUUGCAAGGAGAGCCUGGACUGCUUUCUAGCUUUCCAUAUAGCCAUCUGCAUAAAACCAAAGGAUUCCUUUCCAUAAUAUCAUGUUCCAAGCUGACUGACUCCUGUUUCCCUGAGCAUGCAGAGUUCCCACUGACAGAACAAUUACAGGCCCAAGACUUAGUGUUAUACCCAGAAAAAACACACUAAUAAAUAGGUGUACAUAUCUUGGUUACGACCUGCCCUGCCGGCCGUGUGAAGGAAUGGUAUUCAUUUAUUCAUUUAUCCCAUGGAUGUUUAUUUAGCACUUCCUAUCCACUAGAGACUGUGCUAAGGACAUCUUCCCUGCUGUCAGAAAGUUGACACUUUCGUGUCUACAUCUGAACUUCUGUACACUCUUGUGUAUAUGUGUGAAAUCACAUAUUAUGAUUCUCCAAAGAAAGAGAGCCCUGGUUUCCCUACUGGUUGCUCUACUUAAGUGACACAGAAAAUCGGUCAGUAAGAGUUUGGCCUCCAUUUGUAACUAAAACCAUCUGCCGUAUAUCAGACAUAACAUGCUUUUUCUCUCCUUCCUGAAAAACCAAGUAUGGAAAGAGACAAGAUCUUGGUAUUGUAAUUAUUCUUCCAAUUUGUUGUUUGUCUUUGAAUUUGAUUUAUAGUUCUUGGCACUUAAAAAGUUGAUUAAACUGGAAGCCCAGAGGACAGGGAGGUGGAAGCCUGUUCUCUUCUGCAAAGAUUCCACACCUUCACACAGCCGCGCCUGCCACUGUCGUCUUAAAUGGGGAUGGGGUCUUUGUGCCCCACCUUUCCCUUUCAAGGGUCAGAGGUGACGGCCUGCAGCUCCUGCCCCACUGCUGGGCCCUCCUUUGUCAAAUUCAAACACAGGGAAGAUGUUACACUUUCAGUGUAGUCAAGACAGAGCAUCCGUUAUUGUUUGUAUGAAAAAGAAUCAUGUUCUCUGUGUACACACACACACACAAAAGGAAAUGUCUCUGAAUUGUAUGGGAAUAAAACUUGUUUGAAAAGUUGGAAUAGUGCUAGCUUAUUUUUCUGGUACUUGUAUUUUCACAUGUUAAAUGAUCUUUAUAUGUGUUGAAUUAACAAAUACUUAGAGUUUCCUGCAAAAAGCAAAAACAUAAAUGAUAUUGAAAUGUGUGAGUCGUCUGGCUUUGUGCCCACAACUCUUUCACAGCAAAAGUGGAGAACUGUUUGUCAAAGAAGUAUAACAGUAAUUUCUUUGUAGUUUAGGGGCUUUAACCAGGACAUCCUCCAGUUGGCGGUAGGAAUGUUUGCUUAAUUUCCAGAUAUGUUUUUAAAUAUGUCGGGUGUUUUCCGAGGCCCCAAACUGAUUAGUGCAUGGUCAGCUAUGAACUGAAGCUGGCACAUCUCUGGCUGAGGUGCUUUUGUUUGGUUGUGUUUUCAAAAAUCAUGUUUUUGCUAUAAAUAAUUGUACUUGUCUCAAUGAGAAUGGUGUGAAAACUGAAAAGGCCUUAUGUGGCAUGUAUCAUAGCUAGUAAAUCAAUCUUGUAAAAAGCUAAUAAUCUUAUAAAUAUUUUAUAUUUUAAAACAUACGUAUACCAUAGGUGAUACUUCAAUAAAAAAGUUUAAAAUUUAAA